AUGUUUCAAGCUCAUAUGUGUCUGUCAUUUUCAUGUUAUCAGUGUCGACCUGAGCUGGACUUCUUCAGAACUUUCAACCUCAUGUUUGAGCAGCAGAUGGAGAGUAAGGAUAGGGAAGGGCAGGAGGAGGAGGUUUGCCAGUGGUUGCUAAUCAUCAGGAGGAAGAGAGGGCUGUCGGCUAAUCAGAAGUCCUUCGGAUCGAUCUCUGGCUCCUCUGGUCUGCAUCACCGUCCCAAGAUGUUGCCCGUGUGUAUGAUGGUGGUGUUGCUGUGUCUUCAGAGCAAUGCCCUGAACAUAGCGCAGACAUAUCACCUUCAGGUGGGGUACGGGGAUAUGGUCAUCCUGCCCUGUAACGCCUCAACCUACUUAGAGAAGGAGGAGGGGGCUCUGUUGUGGGAGGCGAUGGGGGAGGAUGUGGCAAUUCUGCAGGGAGAGGAGCUAAGACAAGCAGACAGAUUUAAGGGCCGAUUCGCCCUGCCCUCAGAGGAGCACCUCAGGGAAGGAGAGUGGUCGCUGGAACUUGGCUACGCCUUGCUCAGUGACACCGAUUUAUACGAGUGCAUAUGGCAAGGAAGGAAAACCAUUUCAACAGUGUGGCUCCAAGUCAGUGUGCCACACGUUGAGAGGUCCAUGUUGGAGCUGGCAGGUGACACGGUGACUCUGCCAUGCUAUAUUCAGAUGUCCAGAAAACAGUCCCCCGACGACAUGUUCGUCUGGUGGACCUGGAACGGCAACACCAUAGCGUUGUUCCACGCGGUACUGUAUACUGCAGAUGGACAAUAAUGCAUGCCAUAGAUGGACAUUUUCAUGGAUGUCCAGGAUGAGAGUUCUUUUGAUGACUUGAAAAUGGUCGAUAAUGACUCUCAUGAAGCAUUUCAUCUGAGAAUAAGCCCAGCCUUGAUGACAGACAGCGGAGAAUACCAGUGUUUGUAUAAAACCAGGUAACUUCAAUGGACUGCUUUACCUGCAAAAUGAAAGAUAGGUCACUUUUAGGAAAUCAUUUCUGUUUCUUUCAGCAUUACUGAUGAUUACACAAGGCUAGGGACUCCAGAGAGUAUCACAUUGACGGUAGUGGAAACGAACACCACAGAUAUUGAGGACACCUGGUUGGUUAGCACUAAUGAGACCACAGGAGCAACAGAGGACUGGGUCAGUACGUCACAGUGGCCGGGAGUGUCUACGACAGAGACUGAUGUUAUACCUGUUUUCCUGGAAGAUCCCACACAGCCAAUUGAAGUAUUGACCGAGUUGCAGCAAAUGGAAGCCUUUGAGGAGACGCAAUCCUCACGCCCAUACGAAGCCGCCCCAGAGACGUCACAGCCGGACACUGUCCCGUGGGUUCGAUAUGGACUGAUCGCUGGAGUGCUGCUGGUGACCGCCGUGGUUCUGUGUAUUCUGAAAGCAGCGCAGAGGAUCUGAAAGAGGAUGGAGGAAGCCACACUUUUUCUGCUCAGCGGACUUUUGUACCUAAGGGGGGGUUUCGAGCUCAAGGAAAAGAUGCCUUGUUUUAAGUUGAAACUUGACUGUGACUCAAUACCAGAUGUAACAGGGCAGAUUUGGGAGUGUGGUUAUCGGAUUUCUGGACUGGCCUGUGUGCAAACCAUGUGUGAUGUUGUCCAGAGGAACAAUGAUAUGCUGUAUCAUGGUGAACUUGUUUUUGUACAUGUCAUUCAGACACAAUUUGUUGAAGUUCUUUUACUUUCUGUACUGGUUUAAUGACACAAAUUAGACUUUUAUAAGCAUUAGCAAUCAUGGAUCAAUUUUGCUGUAUAUUUGUACCAACUUGCUGAAGAAUCAGAGUGUGUGUUGAUAGCAUGAUGUGUGUGUGUGUGCUCCUCACCCCUCUCUGUCAGGAAUGAAGAACAGGUGAAAUUCAAUAUAGAAAUGACACUGUGCCAGGCAGCUGUAUAAGGCAGUCAUUUAAGCCAUGUGAACUUCAGCAGCGAAUCUAUGUGAGUACAGUCUGUAUGGUGAGCCACUGUCACAAUAAUAAUAAUACACACACUAUAAUAAGCUUUAUAGUCCGUCACCUGCAUUUAUGUAUGUGCUUAAAUGCACUGAUAUCGAAGCAUAAUAGGACCCCUUCAAGUGGAAGCAAUGCACUUUUUACUUCACUUACAGCUUUAUUCACUGGCUAUUUCACCAGCUAAGAUAGAAAACACAAGAAUAAAAGAUGCAAUAUAUUGUUAUAAAUGAAUCCAGCCAACACUUAUUCAUAAAUUAACCAAUUAAAAUAUAAUUAUUCAUCUUUUAAUUCAUUUUUAACACGUUUUUAUUUCAUUUUCCUCUUACUUUUACUUGAGUGACACCUCCCAAACUUAGGAAUUUGACUUUUCAGAGUAUUUUUUACAGCAUAGUGUUCGUACUUCAAAGGGUCUGAAUACUCCUGUUCCAACUCGCCCUCUCAGACUGGAAUCAAAGCUCUUUUUAAAAUGCAAGGUUGUAAAUAUUCAACCUCAGAUGAACCUCUAUACAGUAUGUACCAAGGACAUUAUCCAGAACAUGUGUAUUAAUAGAAUGUGUUAAAGUAUCGCUGCAUGGAGUGGUAUACCUCAGAUAGUUGGGAUGAUUAAGGCUACGAUACUGGACAUCCCUCUAUAAACAUGUCAGUCUCUGUUUAAACUCUUCUGUUGUCAUAAAACAUGACAUAAAUCCAAUAAAGUCUACAUGGACCUGUA